CAAUGGACGCGCUGGAGCUGGCCGCGGGCCUGGAGGGCGGGAGCCGGCCGGCCCCACCUCCGCGGAGGCAGCCGCGGCCACUCUGGGCUCCAGCGCGGACACAGCCCGAUGGCUCCCGAGCCCAGCGGCCGCCACACCCUCCUGCUGCUUGCCUGCUGCCUGGCGACGGCCCGGGCCCAACUGCUGAGCUGGGACUGGCUGUGGCCCACUAGGACCGCUGGCUCCACAGCCACACAGGCCCCUGCACCCCCAGGCAGCCCCCCUGUGCAGCCCUCGUCGGGAGCCACCCUGCACGUCGUCCCCCAGGAUGGCCCCGUGCAGCCGCCGACAGCCCCUCCGGCCCCCGCCACCCCCAGCGCGAGCCCUGACACGAGGGAGGAGAACCUGGCUGGCGUCGGAGCCAAGAUCCUGACUGUGGCCCACGGCAUCCGGAGCUUCGUCCAGCUGUGGGAUGACGCCGCUGCCGGGGUCUCGGCCGCCCCCACGGACCCGCCCUCCUGCACCCCCAUGGAGAAUGGCACUGCCCCCUGGCCGGGCAGUGGUACCCCCAGCACCCCGGACACCCAGGGGGCCGAGACCCCCACGCUGCCGGCGCCCCCCCCGCCGCUCCCCACUCCAGGUGGACCCCGGGCUCCACUCAGGGCACCCUCGGGGCCAACCCCACCCCCAGGGAGCGUCACGGAAGUUGGGCUCCUGCACCUCAUCGGGGAGCCCCCGCCCCAGCAGGUCACGCCCAUCGACGACCCCGACGUCGGGCCAGCCUACGUCUUCGGGCCGGGCGCCAACAGCGGCCAGCUGGCGCGGGCGCACUUCCCCAGCCCCUUCUUCCGGGACUUCGCGGUGCUGUUCCACGUCCGGCCGGCCACGGAGGCCGCCGGCAUGCUGUUCGCUGUCACGGACGCGGCCCAGGCGGUCGUCUCGGUGGGGCUGAAGCUGUCGGAGGUCGAGGAUGGGCAGCAGCAGGUCCUGCUCCUGUACACGGAGCCGGGCGCACGGCAGACACGCACGGCCGCCAGCUUCCGCCUGCCCGCCUUCACCCGCCGCUGGGCCCGCUUCGCGCUCAGCGUGGACGGCGGCACCGCGACGCUCUACGUGGGCUGCGAGGAGUUCCAGCGGGUGCCGUUCGCCCGCUCCCCGCACGGCCUGGAGCUGGAGCCGGGCGCUGGUCUCUUCGUGGCCCAGGCCGGGGGCGCGGACCCCGACAAGUUCCAGGGGGCAAUCGCGGAGCUGAGGAUACGUGGGGACCCCCAGGUGAGCCCCCUGCACUGCCAGGAGGAUGACGAUGACGACGUGGACGAGGCAUCCGGUGACGUCGGAAGCGGGCUCGAGGGUAACCAGGAGCUUCUCGGGGAGGAGCCGGGCCCUGUCCUCCUGCCUGGCCUCCCCGCGGUGCCCCCGGUCAUUUCCCCGUCCUUGGCUGGAGGCAGCAACGCAGAAGAUUCCAGAGCCGAGGAAACCGAGGAAGCAACGGCGGUGCCUUCACUGGGAGCUCAGACCCGUGCUGGUGAGGAGCCUGGACGGACGGGCAGUGCCGGCCCUGCGGACCCAGAUGUGGUGUCCACGUGGGAUGGGACAGCUUGGAGACCUGGAGGUGGCCUGGAAGAGGGGCACCUGAAGGGGCAGAAGGAGGAGCUGGGUGCUCAGGGCCUGCCUGGCCCCCUCGGUCCCCAGGACCCCGCAGGCCCGGCCGUGCACAGCCCCGACGGCACCUACACACAGCCUGUCCCCGGGCCUCAGGGACCCCCCGGGCCUGCCGGACCGCCAGGGAAGGACGGACCCCCGGGAAGGGACGGCCAGCCGGGCGACGUCGGGCCUCAGGGCUUCCCCGGGACUCCGGGGGUCGUGGGCCCCAAGGGCGAGAAGGGGGAUCCAGGGGUUGGGCCACAAGGACCCCCAGGACCCCAGGGGCCCCCAGGGCCACCGGGACCCUCCCCCAGACCCGACAAGCUGACCUUCAUCGACAUGGAGGGGUCCGGCUUCGGUGGUGACAUGGAGACCCUCAGGGGACCACGAGGCUUCCCCGGGCCCCCCGGGCCCCCCGGUGUCCCCGGCCUGCCCGGCGAGCCAGGCCGCUUCGGGGUGAACAGCUCGGACACCCCAGGACCCGCGGGCCUGCCUGGCGUGCCUGGCCGGGAUGGGGCCCCCGGGCUCCCCGGCCCUCCGGGGCCCCCAGGUCCUCCAGGAAAAGAGGGGCGACCCGGAGCUGACGGCCAGAGAGGAGACCCCGGUGAAGCAGGCACCCCGGGACCCAAGGGAAGCCAGGGGGACCCCGGCCCCGUCGGUGCUCCCGGGGAGAGCGGCCCAGCAGGAGCCCCUGGACCAGCUGGGCCCCCUGGCCCCCCUGGGCUCCCCGGGCCCCCAGGCCCCGGACUCGCAGCGGGAUUUGACGACAUGGAAGGUUCUGGGGCGCUCUUCUGGACGGCCCGAGGUUCCGACAGACCCCAGGGUCCUCCUGGCCGGCCGGGGCUCAAGGGGGAUCCUGGAAUGGCUGGGCCCCCGGGGGACAAGGGGGACAUCGGCCAGGAUGGAGCGCGCGGGUUCCCGGGCCUUCCUGGCAGAGAGGGGGCAGCCGGGCCUCCGGGACCAAAAGGAGACAAGGGGAGCCCAGGAGAGAAGGGCAGCCCAGGGAAGGAUGGCGUGGGGCAGCCAGGCCUCCCAGGGCCCCCCGGACCCCCCGGGCCCGUCGUCUACCUGUCGGAGCAGGACAGAGCCCUUGCCAGUGUGCCAGGACCCGAGGGCAGGCAGGGCCAUGCCGGCUUCCCCGGGCCGGCCGGACCAAAGGGCGACCUGGGCCCCAGAGGCGAGCCGGGCUUCCCGGGCCAGAAGGGGGAGAAGGGCGAGCCGGGCGCCAUGCUGCGCCCCGAUGGCAGCCUCCUGGGCCCCGCCCCAAAAGGAGCCAAGGGAGAGCAGGGCUUCCGAGGACCCCCGGGUCCGUAUGGCCGUCCUGGGCACAAGGGGGAGAUCGGCUUCCCUGGACGGCCGGGUCGCCCAGGCAUGAACGGACUGAAAGGGGAGAAGGGGGAGCCCGGGGACUCCGGCACUGGAGUUGGCAUGGUGUGUCCACCCGGCCCCCCGGGGCCGCCGGGACCGCGAGGCCCCCCCGGGACUCCGGCCCGCGCCAGCACGGACAGCACCACGUUUAUGGAGUCCGGCCACCCUGGGCCCCUGGGGCUGCCAGGGCACCCAGGGCCUGCUGGACCCAAGGGGGACAAAGGAGACACAGGCCCCGCCGGGCCACCAGGGCAGUUCCCCUUUGACCUCCUGCACCUGGGGGAGGAGAUGAAGGGGGAGAAAGGAGACCGAGGCGACGUGGGACAGAAGGGGGAGCGGGGCGAGCCGGGGGGCGGCGGGUUCUUUGGGUCCAGCGUUCCCGGACCCCCUGGCCCCCGUGGCUACCCUGGGAUCCCGGGUCCCAAGGGAGAGAGCAUCCAGGGCCAGCCAGGCCCCCCGGGGCCUCAGGGGCCCCCCGGCAUCGGCUAUGAAGGGCGCCAGGGGCCGCCCGGGCCCCCCGGCCCCCCAGGACCCCCUUCCUUCCCCGGCCCCUACAGACAGACUGUCAGCGUUCCCGGACCCCCAGGCCCACCAGGGCCCCCGGGCCCCCCCGGAACCAUGGGCGCCUCCUCAGGGGUGAGGGUCUGGCCCACAUACCAGACGAUGCUGAGCAAGCUGCACGAGGUGCCCGAGGGCUGGCUCAUCUUCGUGGCCGAGACGGAGGAGCUGUACGUCCGGGUCCGGGACGGGUUCCGGAAGGUCCUGCUGGAGGCCCGGACCCCACUGCCACGGGGGCUGGACAACGAGGUGGCCGCUCUGCAGCCCCCGGUGCUGCAGCUACACGAGGGCAGCUCCUCCGUGGGGCGAGCCUGGCGGGAAGAUGACCUCCAGGGGGCCCUCCCGCACCUGUCGGACAGCCAGCAGAACCCUGGGGUCUGGCACCAGGCCUCCCAGGUGCACCCCCGGCUGACAGCGCGCCCCACAGGCCUGCCCACCCACAGCCACCCCCACCAUGACUUCCAGCCCGUGCUGCACCUGGCGGCGCUCAACGCCCCGCAGACGGGCGGCCUGCACGGCAUCCGCGGCGCCGACUUCCAGUGCUUCCAGCAGGCGCGGGAGGCGGGGCUGGCGGGCACCUUCCGCGCCUUCCUCUCCUCGCGCCUGCAGGACGUCUACACCAUCGUGCGCCGCGCCGACCGCGCCAGCGUGCCCAUCGUCAACCUCAAGGACGAGGUGCUGUCCCCCAGCUGGGAGGCCCUGUUCUCGGGCUCCCAGGGCCAGCUGCAGCCCGGAGCCCGCAUCUACUCUUUCGACGGCAGGGACGUCCUGAGGCACUCCGCCUGGCCCCAGAAGAACAUGUGGCACGGCUCGGACACCAGCGGGCGCCGGCUGCCCGAGAGCUACUGUGAGACGUGGCGCAGGGGUGACAUCGGCACCACGGGCCAGGCGUCCUCCCUGCUCAACAGCAAAGUGCUGGAGCAGCGGCCCUCGAGGUGCCACAACGCCCUCAUCGUCCUCUGCAUCGAGAACAGCAUCGCCUCCGCCUCCGAGUAGGGCCGCUGUCGGCACAGACGGACAGACGGACAUUCGGAGGGGAGGACGGGCAGCGGGCAGUGCAGAGGAAGCUGCCCGCAGGGAGGAGGCUGCCACCCCUGGGGGAGCCUGGUGGUACCUUCCUGUACAAUCAUGUUUUCAUGUAUCCCUCAAGAAAUAAAAAGAGCCAAAGAGUAUUUUUUAAAAAGCUUAA